AUGUUCGGUAAUUUACUGCUGUGUGCAAUCGGCUUGGUAUUGUUUUCAGCUGUCAACAGUGACGACAUCCCGUACAGCAUCCCGGCAGGUCAGCCAGCCGGCACCGUGCAGUACGUCCUCAUCGAAAAGCCCUGGCUGGCUGGUGUAAGCAACUUUGAGCAGUGGAUGGAUUCUCACCUCCUUACUUUUGGCUCUCCGAAGGAAAUGAAUGACGACACUCUCCAGCCGGGGGAGAAGAGGUGCCCCGUGGAUGGCGACCCUCACUGCCGAGAUUGCGUGGCAGGUUACAAGAGCAGCGACCUUGUGCAGUCGCAGUGCUGCUUUGCCCACCACUGGGCGUGGAAGAAUCAGCGCAGCAUUCGCGACGUUCUGCCGUACCGCUUCCAUCUGGCACCGGUGAAACAAACGGAACCCCCGAGUACCGUGAUAAAUACGCAAAGGCUGACGACAUAUGGCAAGCCGAUGUGUGCACGAUGGAGCCAGUUGCGACUAUCCCUGAUGGACCCUACAUCCCGUGCCGUCAGCGCAACGCUUGCCCGAAAGUUAGACGAGAUGGAACCAUAUAUUAACGUUUGUACGCUGCCACCCGAUAGCCGCACCUACUACGUAGGGAGGGACAACGAAACUGUUAUGGCUUGGCUCGGUAGGGUAAUUUUCAAUUCGGCAUUGAUCUGGCUACUUCUUUCAUCUGAUCCUAUUUAACCUUGACAUGCACUGUGCUGUGCUUAUAGCGCUACUAUACAGGAGAUUUGGCAACCACACUGCUACUGUAUGAU